AGCGGCGUUUUAAAUGCCCGGUUGACGUCAUUAAACUUUUUAAGCGGCUGGAGUGCGCGCGGAGAGAAAGGCACACAUGCGCGCGCUUUUCUAGCCACUCGCUGCAGAUGCGACUGGACGGGCUAAGGUUUGCUGGGAAUAACUACAAAAUCAACGUUCCCUGUGGCUUCUCACUGGAAUCCUUCCUCACCUUACAAGCACUUCUCAAACUCUGCAGAAUGAACAGGGCAUUUAACAGGAGGAAGGAUAAACCCAGCAUGCACACACCUGAAGCCUUGGUGAGAAGUCAUGUUGUGUAUAACGCAAAGUUCUUGGGAAUCACAGAGGUGGAGCAGCCCAAAGGGACAGACAUGGUCCGUGUGGCCGUCAGGAAGCUGAAGUUUCAAAGGCACAUCAAGAAGUCAGAGGGGCAGAAAACUCCAAAAGUGGAGCUUCAGAUCUCUAUAUAUGGGGUGAAGAUAUUGGACCCUAAAACCAAGGAGAUGCAGCACAACUGCCAACUUCACAGAAUGUCCUUCUGUGCAGACGACAAAACAGAUAAAAGAAUCUUCACCUUUAUCUGCACAGAACCCGAGACGAAGAAACACCUGUGUUACGUAUUUGACAGUGAAAAAUGUGCGGAGGAGAUCACUCUUGCUAUUGGACAAGCCUUUGAUCUCGCCUACAAAAAGUUCCUAGAGUCUGGUGGAAAAGAUGUAGAGACAAGAAAACAGAUUGGAAACCUUCAGAAACGAAUUCAGGAUUUGGAGAUGGAGAACUCAAAACUGAAGAAGAAGCUUAAGGAGCUGGAGGAUCAGCUGAUGGAUUCUCGCUGUUCGCCAAAGCCGUCUGCCUUGUCCUGGUGUGGUGAUGAUGUCACAUCACUGUCCAGCCUAGAGAUCUCCUCUGUCACUCUAACGCCUAUCAGCUCACCCGAUUCCAGCCAAUCAGCAAGCUUGCUCACCCAGCCUCCUGCUAAGCUCACCCACUCACAGUCCACAAGUGGUUACAUCGUGCCACGACCUCGUGCUGGAAGCAUACAAGCUAGAGCGCCCUCCACUGACAUAUUCGAUAUGGUUCCAUUCACCCCCGAAUCUCCAAUAACGCAACGGUUGAACUGUAACGGCAUCUCAUCUCCUUACCUGUCUCCAAAAAAUGACAGAGAUAUAGACCUGUUUGGAGCAGAACCAUUUGAUCCAUUCAUUUGUGGACCAGCUGUCUUCACCCCAGAUAUCCAGUCCAAACUGGAUGAGAUGCAGGAGGGGUUCCAAAUGGGACUGACUCUAGAGGGGACGGUGUUUGCCCUGGAUCAGGUGGACAGCCGAUGCUGAUUUUGGAAAGACGUUUUUGUAUAUGCUGUGAUUCUUGACCACGAAACCCUCAAAAAAAUGUCACAUUAAAUAUUUGAUUUUGAAUUGAGUUUGAAAGAAAAGUAGCAGGAGCCUUAAGAAGGUCUGUAGAUGUCAUUUCUAUUUUUAUAUGAUAACAUCAGCAGAUUGUACAAACAUUUUAUGGUUUGUGUAUUUUAACUUCUUAAUCUUAUAACAGAAAUGGUUAAUCUUAAGUGAAAGAAACCACUUUCUAGAAUUUUCUAGAGUUUUGCCCAAUAUAGACUCUUUAAAUUCAAAGAUGGAUUCAUUCGAGGGCUAAUAAAUGCCUUGAAAUCAAAUCUAAAACUGGUGGGUCUUUCAUAUGUUCAGCAAGAUCACUGCUGAGGUUUAUAUUUCCAGAUGUCCAGAUCCUUUUUAUUUUCAUCGAUGGCUGUUUUAAUAUUUGUUAAAUGCGUAUCACUUGCUCUUUGAUGGUGAAUAAAUGAAAACUGAUAGCACACUA